GCCAAUUGAAGAGGCUACUUCAACUUCAGGAUAAAGAGACACACACACACAUGCUGGACACGAAGGUGCACAUGCUUCUGCUGUUGCAGCAGGCCAAGAUCAAGAAUGAACGUCCUGAAGACGCAUCGUUCUUGCCACUAUCACUGUCGAUGGCGUGUCUGUUGCGACAGCUACCCGCGGGUCUGGCGCCUCCUGCGGGUGGGCUCUCUUUCCACCAAUUGGAUCGACUUCCACAAGAGGUUUUGGAGCGCAAACUGGCUGCGAUGCUGCUAGAUGAUCCACUGCGCGCCUUUACCUUCGUAUGUGCACUUGUUAAGUAUACAAAAGUGACGCGGGAGCUGCUGAGUAUCUGCCACGACCACAUGAGCAACCGAAUGUCGACGGUGGAGGCCACGCAGAGCGUCAUCCAAGCUGUCGUUGAAGCACUUCCUCCAUUAGAUGCAGACGUUGAAGAGGAAGAGGAAAAAGAUGAAAACCAAGAGAUAAAACCAGUAGAGAAACCGGUGCAAGACGCUGUUAAAGUUGAUACGAAGACUGCGCCCUCGCAGACAAGUGAGAAGCUAACUGCUAAUACCGUCGCCACCGACCCGGCUGGAAUAAUGCGACGAGCGGUGGGGCGGGAUGUGGGCGAUGGUAGUGCUGUAUUGGGUAUCAUGAAGAAGUUCCCGACCGACGUUCGGAUUCAGUCGCAUGGCGUGCGAGCUUUGAAAGGAUUGAUUCGCAGUGUAACAGACUCAGAGGCGGAAAAGGCGUCGGCCGAGUUGCCUACAAUUUUGACCCAUGAGGAUGCAGAUGAUCACGCAGCAGGUCAUGACCUUGAGGAUCACAAAAUUGAGAAGAGCUCGCGAGAUAUGGUGCAUAUGGUAAUUGACCAAAUGAAGCAGUUUUCUGACUCGCUCGCGCUUCAAAGGGACGGUCUGCUGUGUCUGGCUGAAUACGCUAAUCAAGCUGACGACCACGUCGCAGUCAUCACGUCUAGCGGCGGUAUUGAUUCGCUCAUUGACGCGAUGGUGGCGCUUCCUGACGACGUUCCUGCGAAUAUGGCGGGGCUUUCUGUACUUGCUCACCCGAAGAUCGCAGGUGCGUCGAUUAUAAUCUGAAAAUCUUGUGCUGCAUUCCUCAGAGACUAACUCUUCAUUCUUUGUCCUGGUCAGACGAAUCUGUGGUGCGCGUUAACCCAGAAAGUCGCCGCCUCGUGCUCUCAGCGAUGGAGAGGUUCCCUCUUAACGAGCAAGUGCAAGGCUUGAGCUGUCUCGCGCUCGCAAAUCUCAGCUUGCGCCAAGGUACUAAUGGGCAGCGAGUGCUUCUACUUUAAGGGACUAACACUAUUCAAUGUACGUCAGACGCUAGUAUGCUGGAGAUCGUCUCAAAAGGUGGGCUGGAAAUCGUGGUCGAAAGCAUGAAGCGCUUUAGCUCGACGGCUCUAGUCCAAGCGGCUGGCUGUUGGUUCAUUGCCAUCAUCAGUGGAAAAAGUGGUGAGUAUCGAUGCUGCAAAAUUCCUUCCUUUUUGUUCCUAACGUGCAGCACUGUGCUUUUACUAUUAAAGAGGAGAUGAAGACCGCGUGUUUGGACACUGGCGCACUACCAGUGUGCGAGAAAGCGCGACUACGUUUUCCUGAUGACCCAAAGGUGCAGCAACACGCUAUACAAGCCAUUCAGACGAUGGAAGCGAUCGAGGGUGAAGAAUCAAUGACAACAGAGACUUGUUCACUGCAAUAAGACAAGCACGAAGGCGAAAGCUACACCUUUACGCCUGGAAGACUCCACGAGCGACACCCUUCUCCUCUUCUUGCUGACUGGCGAACGAGUUGAAGAUUUGCUCCAGUGUUGUCUGUGAGACGCUGUACUCGCGGAUGUGCAUGUCGCUCUUGACGUUCUCUACCAGCGCAAACAUCUUCGACAGCUUCACCCUGUUGUCCGAUCCGCGGACCUUGAAGCGGCAGAAAUCGUUCUGGCGCUCCAUCACCAGUACUCCAUCCGAGCCAAACGCGUUGACGAGGUAGUCGUUCAAAGUGUCGAAGCGGGUUUCUUCGACACACCACGAGCAGAAGGCCUCGGCGCGGAUGAAUCCAUCUCGCUCCAUCGCAGCAGCGAGGCUGUAACCCGUAGGGUGCGAAGGUGUGAUCCGUUCCUCAAGCUCGACGUUACCGAACGCCCGACACUUGCUUUCAAGCUCCAUCUGCAUCACGUACGUGCUGCCGUCACCGAAUACAUGCUGAAGCAGAUACUCGAGCUCCUCGGUCGUUGGGGUGUCAAGCUUCACAUCAAACAUCAGGCCGUCCCCGAAGCGAGACUUCAAGUGCUGGACACUUCCGUAGCAGCGAAGACGACCGCCAACCAUGAUACCAACACGCGAGCACAGAGCCUCGCACUCCUCCAUGCUGUGUGUCGUCAGAACGAUCGUUGACGCCUUGCCACGGGUAGAGAUAUCGGCGAUAACGUCCCACAUGAAUCGACGAGACACGGGGUCCAUGCCGGUGGACGGUUCGUCCAGGAAGAUGAUAGCUGGACUGCCAAUCAUCGCGAUAGCCACCGACAGUUUGCGCUUGUUGCCACCACUGAGACUUCCAGCCAACUUGUGCUCGAAGUCGCCAAGAUUCAACUGCUGAAUCUUCUCCAUGACGACACGAUCGAGUGAAGACUGAGGAACGCCCUUGAUGGCUCCGAAGAGCUCCAGAUGCUCGCGCACAGUAAGCAAGUCGAAUAAGGCGUCGAACUGCGGACAAUAACCGAUCUGUCGACGCACUUCGAUCUGUUCCGUGAGGAUAUUAAAGCCGCCAAGUGUGGCCGUACCGCAGCUCGGAGGGACAUCGCCUGUCAGCAUCUUCAUGGUCGUACUCUUACCGGCGCCGUUGAUACCCAAGAAGCCAAAGCAUUCGCCACGCUUCAAGCCGAACGAGAGAUCACGAACUGCCACUUUGCCGCCGGGGUACACUUUACGCAGCCCCGAAAGCUUCACGGCAUCUCCGUCGGCACCACCGCUAGCCACACGAUCAGCUUCCUUCUUGACGUCCUCAUCGAUAGCGACGUCGCGGUCACCAAUGUCGGUGUUAUCGCUCUUUACCUUGGGGAAAGUUUGCGAGUAGUCGAGAUACACCGCCAGGACCAUGUAAAUGAUCGCCGUCACCAACAAAUAGGCCAACUCGAAGCCCAUGAUGUCGCCACUGAAAGGACUGGUCUUCUCGUCCUUGGUGAAGCGAAUGUACGUGAUGUCGUUCAAAACCAGGUUCAGCAAACCCGUGCCCAGAUUGAAGAGUGGAGAGAGACGCCAGAUGAAGACAAGCACCGAAUCAGCGUCAGACGUCGAGCCGAUCACGCUCAUAAUGAACGACACGAUCAUCAGCACUACGCCGAUAGCGAAGUUGAUCAUGAUCGUGUACGUUUGGGCAGCCGCGUGCUCCUUGAACAGGAACGACAAGCAGUACGUGAACGGACAGAUGGCGAGCCCGAAGAGAAUGAACAGGAGAAUUACAGCCGGGAAUGUCGCGGAUGUGCAGCUAUUGCAGUCCUGGCCGGUCAUGGAAGACACGUUGAAGCCGUAGAUCAAGGCGAGCGCGCACACGCAAGGGACGACGUACAUGGCCAGAUCCCAGAUGUAGUUGGACACCCAGAAAGCAGGCAACGACACGCCCGAGACGAGCUGCUGGUGCUUGGAGUUGUGCUCCGUUUGCUUCUCCUUGACCAAGAACACCACGAUGGACGCUGGCAGGAACGUGAACGCGAUGCAGAUGAACAUACACGCCACAAACGCGAUUCCCGAUGCAGAGAACGCCUUCGUGGCGGCUGUAACCGGAAGAGGGUAGUUAUUCACCUUGAGAUUCACAGGUGAGGCCGAAUCACUCGAGCCGUUGGCUGCGAAGAAGCGAUACACUGCUUGGUCCAUCAACGCCUUGAAGACUGCGGACGAAUGAGGCGCGCUCGUGUUUGUGAAGACAUUGUAGCCGAGCAUGUUUUGGUCGCCGUCGCCGUAUACAAGGUAGGCACCAUAUUGCCCCUCGACAAGAUCAGCGCCGUGGCCAUACCCACGAUAGUACAGCUCCUGACCCAUCGCCACACUGUAUCCGGUGGCGCCGCUAGCAUUGAUCGUCGGGUUCGUGUAGGUCACGUCAAACACGGUGGGCGAGUCCGAGUCGAAUGCUGGUUGCGAGACAGAGAGAGUUUGUGCGUCAGCUCCCGAGAAGUAGGCCGAAGUCAUCAUCUCACUGCACCAAUCUCCUGUACCGGAACCGGCUUGGCAGAAAUACGGCGUUGGCGUCUCGUUCCCGGAGUAUGCGUCCGUCGACAAUGCCAUGGACGGAUUGUCCGAGGCAAGUGCGCUUCCUUUGAGAAUACCCAGACCAGCACCAAUCAACAAAACUGGCAGUAAAGCGCUGUAGAUGAUCGUCUUCUUGUCGCGCUUGGCGUACCGGAAGCGCUUGAGCAGCAGUGCGCGCAGGUGAGUGCUGAACAUCGGAGUGGACGUGAUGAUCUCAUCGCAUGGCUGGUAGUCGCUGGACUCGGAGUGGUUGGUCCGCGCAUGGUUGCCUAGCGUGUGCUGGUUGUUCUCAUCACCCAACUCGGCCACCUUGAUGAACACUUCUUCUAGCGUAGUCACCGAUACACCAUACGACAAUAGACCCAGUGUCUGCAACUGUCGAUCCAUCUCAGCAAACAUAGUGGCAAACUUUGACGAGCUGUGCAGAGGCAGCUGGAACGCGAUCUCGCUGCCGACGUUGCUGAGCAGUUGUGCGGACGGGACGAAUGAAGUGACAAACGCAGACACAGCCUUGUCAUCACACUUGGCGUCGUCUUUCACUAGCGUCAAGUUGUAACCCGCACCGAAGCGGUUCUUUAGGAACAACGAUGAACCGCAGCAACGUAGCUCACCUUCAGCCAUGAUAGCAAUCCGAUCACCCAAGAUGUCGGCUUCAUCCAUAAAGUGCGUCGUCAAUACCAUCACUCGGUUGUUGCGGUUGUUCAAUAGAAUCUCCCACGUGCUGCGACGACUGUAGGGGUCCAUACCGGAAGUUGGUUCAUCGAGGAACACCAGCGAGCUGUCACCCAGCAGUGAAACAGCCACCGACAGCUUACGCUUCAUACCACCCGACAGAUCGUUGGGUCUUGAGUUGCGCUUCUCGGUCAAGCCAACCUCACGGAUCUGCUUCUCGGCGACAGCGUGCAGCUCUUCGUUAGCAUAACCCUUGAUCUGUCCGAAGAAUAGUAGAUGCUCUUCGACAGACAGGUCGGGGAACAGGACAUCGUGUUGGAAACAGAUACCGAGUGACUGACGCAGUUCAUCCAUAUCCUCGGUGAUCGACAAGCCGCGGUAUGUGGCGUUACCACUGGACGGAGCAGCCAUACCCGUGAGCAUGGAAAUCAAAGUGGUCUUACCGGCACCGUUGUGGCCCAGCAGACAGGUGAUCUGGUCCUUGUACAUCGUCAAGUCCAGUCCCUUUACGGCCACCUUCUCACCACCCGGUACUUGGAAAACCUUCUUCAACCUCUGCACAGUCAGAGCCUCUCCAUUGUUCUCUUGCUCUCGAAGCUCAGCGUUCACCGGUUCGAUGUUUGGAUUCAUGUUCAACGAGACGUUCUCGAGCAGAGGUCCCUGUGUGGUGGUAGCAGUAGCGCGCUGGCGACGGCCUCUCCAGUACGACGGUGACACGGGGAAAUACCACUUGAGCGAUGUACCAUACUCCUUCGGCAUCACCUUGUCGAAGUACAGACCGAUGAGCGUGUAGAGGACCGUGUCGAAAGCAAACAUGUAGAGCGCCGUACUGAAGCGGAAGUUGUGGCUUAGUUCACUCACGUUCGAGAACGUGACGCCUGCACCGGUUGUUUCGGCAUCGGCGAGCACUGUAACACCUUGAGCAAGACCCACCGGCGAGAAGAUACAGCCGAUCAUCUUGGUCGAUUCAGACGUUCCGUCCGAAAAACCUUGAGAGAUUACAUGCAUGAAGAAGAAGACCAACAUACCGACGAAGGAUCCGAUGCGCGCCUUGUUGAAGAGCGUGCUAACGAGAUACGCAAGUGAUAGCACAGUCAUACCAAAGAGGAAGAAGAACAGGAAUGUCAGGAUCACGGAGCUGUUCGCGAACAGUCCAGCAAGACCGGCAAGGGCUUGGACGACGGCGCCGAUGAAGAGCACGAAGGUGUACGUAAUGUACCAGGUGAUAGUGAUCGUCUUCUCCGUCACUCCGAGAAUCUUCAUGAACUCACGCAGCCGAAGUUCCUUCUCCUGGAUAAACACGACUAGAAUUCGCGAGAUCGUGAACAGAUACGCCAGCACGAAGAUUACGGAGAACACAUUAGAGACGGUGUCGUAGAAUGACGAACUCGCGAAGCUGUCGACGGGGAACGGGGCCACCGUGGAGCCCAAGUACGACUGCGGGGCUUGACGUAGAGGCGUUAGAAGCUGCUCUCUUGUGGUGUCGGACAAGCUGAUCAAGAUGUUGGAGACGGAUGAUUCUCCAGCCACGAAGCCAGUGUUAAAGACUUCCUGGAUCAACGCGUCGUCGUUCAGUGUAUCUAGCAGAGUGUCGUCCAGACCGGUCGAAGCGAGUGCCGUCGUCUGGGAUCGCUGGCAUUCUCCAGUAGUCGAUUGAUUGGCUGAGUUCCACUCAGGCAUGCACGACACAAAGCGGGUGACAAGCGUCUGCAGUGUCAUAAAUCCUGUCACUGUGUAGCGCGAGUAGUAGUCGGUGUCGAUUUUCGUCUGGAACGGGUCCGUGUCUAAUACGGAACCACUCGUUCCCGGCACACGGCCGACAGAGUCACCAAGCGUUGAGUUUAACCGCAGCGAGUACUCGAUAGACGCGAACGAUCCAAUGUCGUCGCCAAGCGGAACCGAGUCGAACACAAUGCCGGCGUAGAUACGUGGAUUCUCGAUGCCUUUGCCGUAGUCGUCACUCUUAACGUAGUCCGUCAGUGCGUCGUUCGUGUCAAAAAACAUGACACUCUCGCUGAACGACGGAACGGUCAACGUUGAGUUUAUCAAGUCCAAGCGCGGAUACCAUAAGUCCAUGACUGCUGCGAAGUAGUUACGCGUGAACGCGUUGUCCGGUGCAAUGCCGAUCUUGUACGGCGACACCUUGUCGGCACACUCGGUCGGCACACGGUAGGGCGACGACAUGUUUGUCUCAACCAGGCCAUUGGCAAUGACACCACUUGAACACGUCGCUUGGUCUGCUGUCGAUAGCUCCUCGAGACGGAUUGCGUCGUCCACGGACUGCACGCCGAGCUUGAGGAUAAGUCCGGUCAUGGACGACUCGUGCAACGCGAACUUUGGCAGAUCGGCACUCACCCACUCGAUGGUCUGCCCGGUCGGUUGGAACAGGUUGUAACUGGUACCGAUGGCUGCAUCGCCCGUGGACGCGGUCGUGUCACUCCAUCCGGACGGCACAUCCACAGUCGUUGUCGUACUCUUGAGUACGCCCAGCAGGACGAUGAACAGCACGGGUACCAGGAUCUCGCACGCAGUGACCACGGGAUGACGUCGCUUGAUCAACCAGUUUUUCCACAGCAGCGCCCGGAUGAACGUCCAAGCCGUGCGUCGCUCUGCAAGUCUUGUCAUGUUGGUGUCGGGCUUGACCUUGUCCGGCACCAUGUCGCGGUGCGAUUUGAAAGCGCUAACGGUGGGAGACGUCGAAAUGGUUGACGCCUGGGUAUUUAAUAGAUAAUUGCUGUGCGGUGAACCAAGUGUGUUCGAGACGUUGGAUUGAGGAAUGACAAGUCGAAUUGGAGUCGGAGCAGUGGCAAUCAGUUAGCACGAAACGAUUAUCGACAGUGCUUUGUAUGGAGGAGUCAGAGCCAGGACAUUCUACAAUGCAUCAUCAAAAAUGACACAUGAAGUGGUAAUCGAGAAAAUCCACAUGGGCAAUCAUGGAGACACAGUUGUUUGGUACAGUAUUGCACAUGUGUUGGCGGUAUUACUGUACGCGGCAUGGUCACUGACUGUCGGUCUGGCACUGCAGUUUCGGAUCGAAGUAUCCGUCAAUGAAUAUCGAUGUUGCUGAUAGUUGUGUACAGGGGCAGUAGCCUAACGCAAUUACGUUAAGUUGGUGGUGCCCUCUUCAUGGGCAUCGUGGAACGCGAUCAUGAUUCAUGACUUGUCCUGGGCAAUCAACGAUGCAACAACGAUUAUGAGUCGACAUUUUACGGGACACUUGGCGUUGGUAAUAGCGUUUCGUGAAUCAGCAUUUUUUGGUACAUGCAUAAUGUAAGUGUAGCUUCCAUUCUUGGUUCAGCCUCACUAAUCGAACGAAACCGAAAGUGCAUGCAUCUGGCGGAUCAUCACUAUUUGUCAACCGCGAUGCGGUGACGCUUUCCAGAUCGAAACAUGGUUAGCUGUUUUCUCGAAAACAACAAGUAAGCAUGAAGUAACAUGCAUUUCAGAGCAUUAUUUUAGUGAACAGUCGAAAGUUACGACUGGUAGUCGCUAACAAUUACAAUUUCCAUUCCACGUA